CGUCGUCGCCCAAGAUAUCCUCCUCGUCUAGAGGAUCGAAUUUGGUGCGGUUGAUAAUCUGCGCAACAUCCCAGUUCCUCCUGUCCAAACUGCCCUUAUCUGCACCGGCCGCUAAAUGGCAAUUGACAAAGACGAGUCGAGUUGUUCCUCCUACGACUAUUCGCGUAGCUACUCCGCCCUUAUUCCCCAUGUACCCCAUCAACCCAGUGCCUACACCCACGGAACUGAUAGAAGAUAUCGUUGGCGCCACUGAUGGAGAUGCGAAUAUUAGUAGAAGUAGGCCAACCAAUUGCUGCGACGCUACCAUUUUAUAGCCCGGGGGCAGCGCAUUCCGAACGGCUUCCUUCCAUCGAUUGGACGGCGCCGGAUCGACAUAUGGCUUCAGCGACUCCGACGGAGAUGAAACGUCCACAAUUUCCUGUAGUCCCAGCACAUAAAUAUCGAUAUCGUCGGCGCCCGCAGCCCCAGGCCCAGCCGAGACAGGUUCGCCAGCAGCCAACUGUACAGAUCCACAACCUGCCAAUUCCUGAUCGACCCAGGAUCCCGCCUUGCCAGAGCGCCGAAGGCCAUUCUUGGUAUUCCCCGAUCUAGCAUGUAUAUCGUUUGUCCUGUCGCCAAAGGGCUUCGACGGUAAAUUCGGUGACCGUCCAGCUCUUUUGGCGAACCAAUAGGCCACGUCGUCCUCUGUACCUGGUAAGGCGGCAACAUUCCACGUCCCGAUUUUCACGCGGAGUUUCCGCGGGCGGAUAUAUUCAGACCUCCUAGCUUUAAGGGCUCGAGAGAUAGACUGGAGACCGGAGGAUAGGGAGCUAUCCCCGUCGUCGUUGUCGAGGGUGUCAGGGAAAGCGCCUGGCACAUCUGCGGGGCCAGGGGCGGGGGCGGUGGCGGGUUCGUGGGCGUCGCUCGGGGCCAUGGUUUGCGGGGUGGUAACUAAGCGAUUGAGGAUGAGUAGAUACGUAAAAGAGCCCAACCACGUUUAUCUGCUCCUCAUGGCGACAAAGCUAAAUACGUUGAUACAUUGAGCGCUUCCACCGCGAUGCGUUCAUGACAGAUGUUCACAAACCCUUGUGCUAACCGGUCAGCUGGGCGGUUCUUAGGCUGGUGUGGCAAGCUGAAAGCCAAAUAAGCUUCGCUCAUGUGUUUAGAAGAGGGGCUGAGGGUGUGAAGAUAACGGAGAAGCGGAAGAACGAGCUCAAAGCACAUCAAUUGGAGUCACAUUUCGUUGUAUUAUAUGCAUUAAUCAGGGGUUGAUAUAAUACCUCAACUGUUUAAGUCCAAGUCCAGAUGUUGGUGGACAUAUUUAGUUGUCGUUGACGUCGUCGGCCGAGCCGUUUGUUCCAAGCCACAGCCGAUUUAAAUAAGUUCCUCCUCACGUUACUUUUCUUUGUUUAUCCUCAUCAGCCUCAAUCUCUCAAUGUCAACAACCUUCACCACUGCCGCCUUCCCUUUAACUAAUUCACCCAACUGGAACAUAACUACAAUACACAGUACAGUAGCAUAAUAGAGCAGCCGCAGCCAUGCCUCUCAGACGGGGUCAAGACCGGAGCAGUAACAUGCCCAGCAACAAUCAUCAACAACCCUCCUAUCGAUCCUCCCACAACCGCAAUCCCUCAAACCUGGCCCAGCCUUCUGACUACGAAUCAGAUAUUCAAAAUAACUACAUCUCAGACACCCGGAUUGCCGCCAACGGCUCCUCCUCCAUGGCCACCGACCCUUCGCAGCUAAAACCCCCAACGCGCACGAACGAAGAGCUCAACCUCGCCGUACUCCAGCGCCACAAUCCAGACAUCCGCUCCAUCCUCUCCCUCGCCCCCUACGCUGUCGUCUACAAUUUCAGCGCUACGACGCAGCUGUGGGAGAAGAGCGGCAUCGAAGGCACCAUGUUUGUCUGCCAGCUGACCCAGGGCGAGCUGGGCGAGGAGCGCUAUAGUGUGCUGGUCCUGAACCGGCGCGGCAUGCAGAAUUUCGAAGCCAUGCUUGCGGACGGCGAGGAUGUGGAGAUUACGGAGGAAUAUGUCAUUUUGAAAGUUGCGUCGACGGGCACGGAGCCUAGCGCGACCACGAUCAAGUCGGCGGAUGGUCGUCAGUCGGUUAUUUAUGGGCUGUGGAUCUUCUCGGAGCCCCCUCCUAGCUCCACGGCGGAGACUAGGACGUUGAAUGCGCAGAUUAUUAAAGAGUGUGCAGUGCAUGGUGGGGAGAGUAGGAAAUUUGCGCAGGAGAGGGCUGCUGCGGAGGCAAACCUGGGUGAUGCGCAGGUUCAUGGAGAUCAGGAGUUGUAUCAGGGUGGUGUGCCCAUGGAUCGGCAGAUUUCGCUGAAAGAGUUGUUUGGACAGCAGAGGCAGCAGGAUGAUGAGUGGAGCGUGAAGGUUCACAGUCCCGCGUUACGAAACGUCGAUUCAGAAACGCAGCAGCAGCAGCAACAUCAUCAACAUCAACAUCACGGGCAGCAGGGAAGCGGGUAUUGGCCAGUUCCGCCCGCUGCUCCACCGCAGUUACCAACAACCACCGCAGGAAGUGAUGUACUUGGUGCGCUUUUCAGAAAGGCUUAUCAAGCUCCCGCACAGUGACCUAGAGGCUACUUGAAUGUAGUUUCUAUAUACGACUUAGGCCUUAAUUGGACGGGAGGACUUUUGGCAAAUAGCUAGAUAGUCUGUUCCUACGGCUUUUUGUGACACCUAUUGAUUAUGUCUUCGGCAUCCCCAUGCGCCGUCUCUCUGCCAGACAAAAACAAGGGAUCUAUUGAGAGUAUGGGUCUAUGUAUUGCCUAUCUGCCUACGCGGUUGUAGUGAACCGCUGGCCGUUCUGUCGCCCUUGGAUAAUAUCCCUCACCCACGCGGCGGUCUUUUUUGCCAUGAUAUCGCUAUGCCCUAUAUAUGAGAAACAGGGGAGGAGUUAGUCAGAACUAGAACUUCAUCCCCUCUCCAGUGAUCAUUUGCCACCUCGCAAGCUCAUAACUUUCUUAGAAACAGCAGGAGAAUGAGAAAUAUGAAAGGAUAAAGAAAGAAAAUGAGUGCUCACGAAUGCAAAACCCAUGCACCACUCCAUCCUCGCACACUUGCAUCCUGGGACCAUUACUACCCGUGCCCUUUUCCAUACCACCCCUAGCUCGAAUAAUAUCGUCUCUCGUCUGAUCAGCUACCCAAUGAUCUUGCUGUGCAAAAUAUAGCACCAGAUUCAGUGGUACCUUUGCUGGCACUGAAGCUGUGGUUGAUAUUGGCGUUGAUGAACGUGCGGGUGAUGACGAAACUAUGCCCCAAAUCUCGUCACUCCAUGUGUCGGAUGUUAUCUCGCGCAUUUCGUCUGCGGCCAUGUGUCUGUAUAUGCCGUGGUUGAUGUUUAGUUAGUGGAGGUUAUUUUUUAACCCCAUGUGCGCAAUUGGGAAAAGAAACGGGGAGUUCGAAGGAAUAAGGGGCAAGAGAUAGAAAGAAAGAGAAAACAGCCAAUACGAAAGAGAACACAUUUUAAAAGAGAGAAAAAUCGCAUCUAUUACUCACAUCGCUUGCUCAACACCCCGUCUACUCCUUAAAAACUCCACUGUUGUGUCAAUUGCGUUUCCUGGGGGCGAACCCAUAACCAUCCCCACCACGCUGCGUAACCAAGAUCCCGGCAGUAUAAAUACGAGGAGCUUGACUAGCAGGCUUGUGAGUAAGGCUAGGUAAGGAAUGUAGAGAAGUCGCUGCGAAUUUGGAUGUUUGUUAGUAAAGUAGUCUGUAUGCCAACAUGGUAGGAUAAAAGGUAUUUUGUAGGGAUGGACGGAUAGAUGAGGGGGUAUGUAUAUGCCAUAAGCGUAGAAGACAUUUAAACAUGAGAUAGGGGGAAAAGUAUACACAAAAUCGAAAUAAAGAGGCAGUGAUUAAAAAAAAGUAAAACCCAAAAUAAACGAACAGUCAACUUCCUCCCAGACGAACUCUUCGCAAUAUCAACCACAGUCGGAAACAGCAGGAUUCCGCCGAUAAUGUCCAUCGCACCAUCAUUUCCAUUUCCACAUUCCCCCUUGCCGGCUGAUGAUGAUGUCUUCGUCUGUCUCUUACUAUUCCUCUCCCGCUGUCGUCUUAUGAGCUCCAUAGCGACAUACGCACCAACCGAAUGGCCGAUUAAAAUCACAUUAGCACCUCCGCGCUGCCGUCGUUCUACUCCUCCUCCUCCUUCUUCUUCUUCUUCUUGAGCAACGCCGUUGCCGUCCGUCUCCUGUCUCCAAUCCAUCCUCGCACGCCAUGCAUCCACGAAAUCGUUCAGGUUGCGCUCCACAUGCUCAAUCUGUUCUGAGAGGUUGUAUAGCUUCGUAUUCGUUGCUGCUGCUGCUCUUGGGUGCGCUUGCGCUUCUGUCCCUCCAUUAACGUUACUCACACCUCGGUCAUUUUCAAUAAUCUCAAAACCGCCCAUGCUUUUUCCAUGGAUGAUGCAUUGGGGGAUGUUGCGGUUGCUGUUGCUGUUGCUCCAGCUCCCGCUAUCAGGAGCACCACAACCAUCAACAUCGGUACCAGGAGAGAGUUCUGAACUUAGAAGGGAAAGGUAUGCAUGAUAGUAGGAUAUAAGCCCUGGGUUUCCGGUGAUGAAGUAUAUUAGUACGGGCUCUGGGUCAUCUGUCGUUGUGGAGCUUGUGCUGGUGGUGGUCGUUGUUGUUAGGAAGCUGUUUGCCGUGAUAUGUGGUGUGGUUAGGGUCAUUUCUUGGGGGAGUUUUUUCCUCUUUUUUCCUUCAGUGGAUCGGGAUUGACGGCGUGCCAGGGGGUUUUAGGUAUAGAAAAGCCUAUGCAUGCAGAUUAGGUGUACAGUGCUCUUUGUAGAAGCUUAUUGAGGUAUAUCUUCAUGCGGAGAAUUUUGUUUACCUAGCGACCAAAUAAGUUACAACAUACUAUUUCCCUACAAACACACCUUCUUGAAAUACCUGCGGCACUUCCUAGCCUCAUGCUAAUUAAUAUGUCAAUCAUUGAUAGAUGAAUCUUCCGAAUUUACACAUUUACUACACUCAACUCAGAUGAAAAAAAUAUCGAGAUCACGCAGUAUCUAGUUGUCAAAGCAAACAACAUUUUUAAAAAUGAUCUCAAGUAUUUCGUUUGUGUAUCUAGGAAUAUGGCUGUGUUGAUCUUUCUCUCUCCUCUUUCUCACCCCUGUAUCAAAUCAAUUCAUACACCUUAUGGCUCUUCUUUCCUAUAAUU